AUGACGAUGCGCAUCAGCCUCGACAACCAGCCCGAGUUCUUCACGAACCUCGACAUCAUCAGCGGGCACGUUGUUUUGCAUUUAAACCGUCACGAGCAAAUAGGCAACAUCGUCGUUAAGCUCGAGGGCGAGUCCAACACGAGCUUACAGCCGCCUUCGCCGUUCGAAAACGGCCGCGACAACCGAGAUGGCUACACCACGCCCAACGCCGCCAUCAACACGGAGAGCCACAAGAUUUUAUACAAGGUGCAGCAGGUAUUCCCAGACGACUACCAUAGCAGCGCAAACAACCCUUUCGGGUCAUUUCCACUGCCGCCCGGGCAGCAUCACUUCCCGUUCAGGUUUAAGAUGCCUAUAAAUAACGCCUGCAGCGACUCUCAUGCUAUGGCGUCGCUUGCGAACCAGAGCCUGUCCGGCGCCGGAAUUUUUGGCUCACGUGGCAUUCGCCUCAUGGACGGCACAAGACAGCUCUACCUUAGGCAUGUUACCAAGACUCUACCGCCGUCCUUGUCUGGUGUAUACAACGAUGCCGAGAUACGGUACUAUAUCAAGGUCACGGUGCAGCGACCGGGCAUCUUGAAGGAGAACUGGCGCUUCCAGCUAGGAUUCAAAUUCAUGCCCAUAGAGCCACCAAGGUCACCUCCCCGUGGCCAAGAGACCUUCGCGCGCAGGCCAUUCAGCUUUGCUACGCGGCCCUCGUCACCACAGGGAAAGCAAAAGGGCUCUUUGUUCGGCAUGAAGAGCUCUAAAGAAAAGAACCAAACAGACUCCCCAGCAGAUAUGCCACCUCCACCUCAGUCAGUAGAGCUGUCCGCUCGUCUGCCCCAUCCAUUGGUUUUGACUUGCAAUCGACCUGUCCCACUACGGUUAAUUGCGAAGAAGCUCGUCAACAACCCACAGCAGGUGUACCUUACCUCUUUCCAGAUGGAUCUGAUUGGAACAACGACAUUAUCUGCACACGGACAAGUAUUACAGAAGAGCAAUCGCUGGAUCAUCGCAUCAAACCCUCAGCUUGAGGUGCCGCUCAUCACACCCACCGGCGAAGUUGGUACAGAAAUCAUCGUGCCAGACGAGUAUUGGAGCCAGAGGCCCCUUCCGAAUACUGUGGCACCAUCGUUUACUACAUGCAAUAUAAGCCGGCGCUACGAGAUUCAAGUUCUUGUUACUCUGCGAUUAGGGAAGAAAAGCAGUAAGAUCAUUCCUGAAUCAAUAACGCUUCCGCUUCAUUUCGCAACAGCGGAGGUGUUCUCUGGCAUCGAACCACCCAGAGAGCUCGUAAAGGCAGCCACGAACGGAGCCUUCUCACAAAGCGAGUUGCACCCUCAACUACCUCCUCGCCACUCUAUCUCUGGCCCAAGCGGCUCAGCGGCGCAGCAGGCACCGCCGCUGCCACUGCGCCGACCUAGCGAAUCGGUGCCGCCACCGCAAGCUGCGCAGCCGGAGGAAUAUGAAGAUGCGCCGCCUAGCUAUAGCGAAGCAAUGGCCGAAAGUGCUUCCAUGCCGUUUGAUCAAAAUAAUCCGCGCCCGCCGUUUAGCGGAGUGACGGCAGAGAAUGCGCCGAGCCAGUUGCCACCGCGGAAGAACUAA